CCCGACGGGAGCGGUGACGUGUCUGCGUUACAGCUGCCCGGCCCGGCGCGGCUGUGCCGGCCUGGGUUGGGAGAGAAGAAAGGGGCGACGGCGUCACCGGGAGGCGCCUGUUAAACCUCGGCUGCCCACCGCUGGAAGGGGAGUCCCGCCCGGCCUGAGCCAUGUUCAACGUCGAGAGUCUGGAGCGGGCCGAGCUCGGGGAGAGCUUGCUCACUUGGAUCCAGACAUUUAAUGUUGAAGCACCAUGCCAGACUGUAGAAGAUUUAACAAAUGGAGUUGUGAUGGCUCAAGUACUUCAAAAGAUAGAUCCAACAUAUUUUGAUGAAAAUUGGUUAAAUAGGAUAAAAAGAGAAGUAGGAGACAAUUGGAGAUUGAAGGUGAGCAAUCUGAAGAAAAUUUUAAAAGGAAUUUUGGAUUACAACCAUGAAAUUUUGGGGCAGCAGAUUAAUGAUUUUAUCCUUCCUGAUGUUAACUUGAUUGGGGAGCACUCAGAUGCAGCUGAGCUUGGGAGAAUGCUUCAGCUUAUUUUGGGCUGUGCUGUAAACUGUGAACAAAAACAAGAGUAUAUCCAGACCAUCAUGAUGAUGGAGGAGUCAGUUCAACAUGUGGUCAUGACAGCCAUUCAGGAGUUGAUGAGUAAAGAGUCUCCAGUCUCUGCUGGAAAUGAUGGUUACGUUGAUCUUGACCGUCAGUUGAAGAAAACAACGGAAGAAUUAAAUGAAGCCUUAGCAACCAAAGAAGAAAUUGCUCAGAGAUGCCAUGAACUGGAUAUGCAAGUUGCUGCAUUGCAGGAAGAGAAAAGUAGUUUGCUAGCAGAGAACCAGGUCUUAAUGGAACGCUUAAAUCAGUCUGAUUCCAUAGAAGAUCCAAACAGCCCAGCAGGACGUAGACAUCUGCAGCUCCAGACCCAGUUAGAACAGCUCCAAGAAGAAACCUUCAGAUUAGAAGCAGCAAAGGAUGAUUAUAGAAUUCGUUGUGAAGAGUUAGAAAAGGAAAUUGCAGAAUUGCGGCAACAAAAUGAAGAAUUAACAAAUCUGGCUGAAGAAGCUCAGUCUCUGAAGGAUGAGAUGGAUGUAUUAAGGCACUCCUCUGACAAAGUAGCCAAGUUGGAAAGCCAAGUAGAAUCGUACAAAAAGAAGCUAGAAGAUCUUGGGGAUCUACGGAGGCAAGUAAAGCUCUUGGAAGAGAAAAACACAAUGUACAUGCAAAACACAGUGAGCUUGGAAGAAGAACUGAGGAAAGCCAAUGCAGCUCGCAGCCAGUUGGAAACGUAUAAGAGGCAGGUAGUUGAACUUCAAAACAGAUUGUCUGAAGAAUCCAAGAAAGCAGACAAAUUAGAAUUUGAGUAUAAGAUGCUGAAAGAAAAAGUAGAUAGUCUCCAAAAAGAAAAAGAUCGGCUAAAGACAGAGAGAGAUUCUCUAAAGGAAACCAUUGAAGAGAUUCGUUGUAUAAAAGCACAAGAGGGACAACUGACUACUUCAGGAUUAUUAUCACUGGAAGGUCAGGGAUCUUCUGACAGUUUAGCAGCAGAAAUUGUUACUCCAGAAAUAAAGGAAAAACUUAUUCGCCUUCAACAUGAAAACAAAGUAUUAAAACUUAACCAGGAAGGGUCUGACAACGAGAGGAUUGCUUUGCUGCAGAGUCUCUUGGAUGAUGCCAAUCUCAGAAAGAAUGAACUAGAAACAGAGAACAGGCUUGUAAAUCAGAGAUUGUUUGAAGUACAGUCCCAGGUUGAAGAAUUACAGAAGUCUUUACAGGAGCAAGGUUCAAAAGCUGAAGAUUCAGUCAUUCUGAAAAAGAAACUUGAUGAACAUCUUGAAAAGCUGCAUGAAGCUAAUAAUGAGCUUCAGAAGAAACGGGCAAUCAUUGAAGAUUUAGAACCUCGUUAUAAAAAUAGUUCACUCAAAAUAGAAGAAUUGCAAGAAGCUUUGGCUAAAAAAGAAGACGAAAUGAAGCAAAUGGAAGAACGAUACAAAAAAUAUUUGGAAAAGGCUAAAAGUGUCAUCCGUACCUUAGAUCCCAAACAGAACCAAGGUUCAGCGCCUGAGAUUCAAGCACUGAAGAAUCAACUGCAGGAACGUGAGAGGAUGUUCCAUUCCUUGGAGAAAGAAUAUGAAAAGACAAAGAGUCAAAGAGAAAUGGAGGAGAGAUACAUUGUCAGUGCCUGGUACAAUAUGGGGAUGACUCUUCAUAAAAAAGCAGUAGAAGACAGACUUGCUAGUACUGGUUCAGGACAAUCCUUCCUAGCUAGACAAAGGCAGGCCACCAGCACAAGAAGAGCUUAUUUGGGCCAUGUCCAGCCAGCCACAGCAAGGUAGAGAGAGACCUUGCCUUGCCUUUUGAAUGGAAGCCAUCCUGGAAUCAAGACCUAUUUCUGUUACAAGCGACUGUAUUUCAGGAAAACUUAGCCAGCAUUCUUUCAGUAUUGUUGUCUCUUCAUGUCUCAUUUCCAGAAGAGAUAUUUUCUUUUUAACUUUUUCAUUUCUUCCUUUCUGGAGUCUUCCUUUCGCCUUUGAAUGUGCCAAAAAGUUGAAAAACACCUAAUGGAGUGUAUUAAUACAAUUUUCCCAUUCCCCUUUUCAUAUGCAAUUGUCAUCUCUUAACAAAAAACCCAGUAAUGGAUGAAAACAAAUUUAACAUGUCCUGUUGGUAAACGGUAUUGCAUUCUUUCUAAGGCUACCAGUGUGUUGGAAGAUAUAUGCUGCUUUUUCACAUUUGUUUGAUCUGUUUGAAUUGGGUAAUGUAAUUUGCAACAGUGCUACAUAGAAAGACGUGAAACAUUACUUGCAAAGAUAGACAGACAUGCUGGCAGAAGUUGCAAGAACCAGAUGGGAAGUGUUCAUGAAAUUGUCUUUUGCUGCUGUUACUUUGUGUCUUUUGGCUUUAUUUGAGAAAGGCAGGAUAAUUUGGGGCUUUGUUGGCCCACAUCCUUACCAAGGCUAAAUUAUUUGAAGAUUGGGUGACUAAAUCUAAGAGAUGUUUGGUGUUUCACACAGUGAAGCUUGGGAAAUGAAGUGAUGAACCAUGUAGAAAGUGGUGAUCUUGUCCCGUUCUCUCCUACUCCCCAAGAUAUCUAACAAAGUUGAUAGUUUAAAUGCCAUUAAUGACUGCUGCUUUAAAAAAAUUGCCUUCCAUUACUGAGGAGUGUUUUUGAUAGGCCAGUAAGAAGGAUAAAUCCAUUUGCCAUUGGCACCAAUGUCAUUAGGUAAUCAAGGUAAUUCUGAAAUGUAUACUUGCUAACCUUUUGUGCCAAGUGGUAUUUCAUGCCUGUGCAGUUAUGGAUCUUUCAGAAGCAAGGCUAGUAUUUCUCCUGCAAGUGAAUUCUAGAUUCUGAGCUAUCACACCCUUCUCAAUUUAAUGUUUGGGAUUAACUCAAGUUAAAUAGUUCCAGGUUUUGUUGAAGUCUUCAGUAGAGAGAUUAUUUUGCUUUAUGUUUUUCUAAACAUGGCUUAUGUUGACUUCUUAAGAAUAUUUCAAGAGCUUUGCCUUUGCGGUUAAAGGUAAGGUAACAAACCUGUUUUUCACUUUGGAAUGAAUGCAUCUGGAUUUUAUCACCAUAUUUAUUUAUGUAUGGAUAUUAUUCCCCUCAUUUGUGUUAGUAGUACAUUCGUACAGUGCACAAUAAUUUUCUUAAUUAAAAAUGCUUGUUUUUAUUCAUCACCAUCUGAGCACAUGAAAGAUUUUUUAAAAUCCACUCAUGUAAAGAAAAGUGAUAAGAAUGAAAUGUGAUGCCAUUGGUCCUUCUGUAGUAUGGUUCCAGUAUUUGGUAAAGUAGGCCAGAUGCUAUCCCAUCUGCAGAAAAAUCAUUUAAAAAUCGGUGUAAGCUUAAUUCACUUGGUAAAUUGGUAGGUGUUUACAUGUGCACCUAUAAGCAAAUUUAUUAGGUAAUCAUCAUGUCCUUUUGUGCUGAUGAAUGGAUUAUGAAAUGGUACACUGCAUGAAAAAAAAUCAGAUUUUAAUGUUGAAUAAACCUGUUUCAGUAAAGCCUGUACUUGCUCUUUUGAGAGUUGACUUGUUCAAGUUAUAUAGAAUGUUAGACCACAUUCUUAACUGGCUAAUUCUGUGCUUCUGUAUGCAAAGGUAGAGCAAAACCCAUGUCUGAGAUGUUUUUUAUGCUAACUAUUGUGGUAAUCUGAUGAAACCUGAUUAUUUAGUCUUGCCUGAAAGAAACUUGAACGUAAUCUACUCUUCUUUUUCAACUUUCAGUCUCUUUACUAGCUCUCCUUUCUGGCUAGUUGUUAUUGAGGUUUUUAAUCAACUUUAUUUCAUCUUUUUAUCAUUCUUCGAUGUUUUUCACCUUUCAUCAAAGCACCUGGUUUUUAUUUCCCCAGUCUGGCUGGUUUACUUCCUAGUUGCACAGAAGUGAUAGGUAUGCCCAUUGCAAAGUCUAAUUUUUGAAAUGUCAAGGCUUUGUAAUUUAAAUAUUGCAUUGAUUUUGAUGUCCAGAGAAUAGAGCACACAUUUUUUGUAAGUUAAAAAAUGAAAGACAAAUAUCAAGAAAUCCAAAGACAGUUAGUUGCCAGUAUUUCCUAUCGAAACCACUGGGACAUUUGUUGUUUAUUCGUUUAGUCGCUUCCGACU